ACUAGUAUCACAGUCCAGUGGGGACCAGUGGAGUGUAUACAUCAGAAUGGAGAGAUAACAGGCUACAGGGUGAGGUAUGGGGAGGAGGGGAGCAGCGAGGAAGCCAGGAGUAUUCAGAUGGUGUCAGGAGACUCCAGUGGAGGAAUGACCACAGUGUCUGGACUGACUAAAGAGACAGUCUACACUGUGCAAGUGGCAGCAGUCACCAGCUCUGGUACUGGAGUCUACAGUGACCCUCUCACAGUUAAAACUCCUGAUGAUGUCUUCCUCAGUCUGAAUGGAACUGUCAUUCCCUAACAAUGGCCUUUUGAAUAUCAGUGAAAUUGGUUCCAAUGAUGAC